UGCCCAAGUUACAUUCAGCUCCUAUAUAUAUGUAUGUAGAUCCAGGGUUUCUGGCCAUAGCCGCUUCUCAUACCCUCGGUGCUGUCUCCUAUUCGCAAUAGCCAAAGGAUCUCAUCGUUAUCUCUCCACUCGAACAGCCGCCAUGCCUCGCCGCAGCUCUGGUGGUAGAUCUGCCCGCCCUGCUCCCCGUCCUGCUGCACGAAGCCCGCCUCCUCAAACAGGUGCCAACUUGCAUAAUUCUCCUCCACCAGCUCAUGUUCAAGGUAGCUCUGGCGGGUCCAUGCUUAGCGGCAUUGGUUCAACCAUAGCCCAAGGAAUGGCAUUUGGAACUGGCAGUGCUGUUGCUCACCGGGCUGUGGAUGCUGUUAUGGGCCCUAGGACAAUUCAGCAUGAAACUGUCGUAUCUGAAGCUGCUGCAACCCCUGCAGCUGCUGCAACGAGCAUGGGUGGAUCUGAUGCUUGCAAUGUGCACUCUAAGGCCUUCCAGGAUUGUGUCAACAACUUUGGGAGCGACAUCAGCAAGUGCCAGUUCUACAUGGACAUGUUAGCUGAAUGCAGGAGGAACUCGGGUCCUAUGAUGAGUUCCUAAUUUGGUAAACUGCUCUGCAAUGGUUCACUUGAAUUUCCGCCUCUACUGUUAUUGGUCUUUUAUGAUGGAUGUUAUUCGUGCUGAUUAAACUUAUGUUCCGAAUAAAUUUUGGAAACAAUGAAUGUUGCUUUGGAGCCAAGUGCAAUCAAAUGGGUACUAUAUGUAGACACUGACUGCAUAUAAAUUCUAGUAGUUCAUCUUCCUUACUAUGGGGGGGUGGUACAUGGAGACUACUUGGCAGAAUUCUUUUCAAAGUGAAUAAACUUAACUUUAUUUUUGUGUUCUUAAA